AUGUUCCACAUCACACAACCCUGGGAGCUCGAAGCCGCCUACCGCAAAGGCUGGCAAAAAGGCCUCAUCGCCAGCAACCCGGACCGCAUCAUCAAGAUCAACCUCUCCAGCUUCUCCGUCCCGCUCGCCACCCUCGGUAUCCCGUGCGCAAUCUGUUUACAGACAAAACAGAGCACCUCCGUCCACGACGUCGUCUCCAAACUCCACUCUAAGCUCCCGGAUAUCCCCUACCCCUUCACCAUCGCAACCUUGGGCAAAGACUCCCGCACGUUGGAGAUGGGCGACGAGCGCAGCGUUUCCGGCUGUCUGGCGGAUUUCACCGACGAGGUGUUGACGUUGCGGUUGAACGUGCGGAUGCCGCCGCCGCCGCCGCGACCGGCGAAGAAGGGGCUACGGUCGAGGCUGAAGAGUGCGCUGGGGGCUGGGGAGAGUUCGUCGGCGCCGGCUCCUCCUCCUCCUCCUCCAGAUGUGGCGUCAGCACCGCCGCCGUAUGAUGAAGCUGUGCGCUCUGGGAGGUGA